UCUUGCUGCACUAAUUCACAGGCCAAAACAUUCGAAAAUGGCGAAUCGCACGGUAAAAGAUGCUAAAUCUAUUCGAGGUACAAAUCCGCAAUAUUUGGUAGAAAAAAUCAUCAGGUCUCGAAUAUACGAUUCCAAAUAUUGGAAGGAAGAAUGUUUCGCUUUAACAGCCGAAUUGUUAGUCGACAAGGCGAUGGAGUUGAGAUUUCUAGGAGGGGUGUACGGUGGCAAUGUGAAACCAACACCAUUUCUUUGCCUUAUAUUGAAAAUGCUGCAAAUACAACCUGAGAAGGAUAUUAUAGUCGAGUUCAUAAAGAACGAAGAGUUUAAAUAUGUUCGUGCUUUGGGUGCACUUUACAUGAGAUUGACUGGUUCUUCCUUGGAUUGUUACAAAUAUUUGGAGCCGUUAUUCAAUGACAACAGGAAACUUAGAAUACAAAACAAGCAGGGCAUAUAUGAGCUAAUACAUAUGGACGAAUUCAUUGACAAUCUUCUCAGGGAAGAGAGAUGUUGCGAUGUUAUCUUACCAAGAAUUCAAAAGAGACAUGUUCUAGAAGAGAAUAAUGAACUGGAGGCUAAGAUAUCAGCGUUGGAAGAUGACAUGGACGAUGGUAUUGAAUCGUCAGAGGAUGAAGAGGUUCCACAAAGUAAAGAAGCACCGCGCAAAAGGCCAGACGAUCACGAGCGCGAUAGAGAUCGCCAUAGAGACAGAGAUAAGAGGCAUUCUCGAUCUGAGAAGAAAUCUGAGAAGGAGAAGCAAAGAUCGAGAAGUAGGGAGCGGGACAGAGAUAGAAGAGAGCGCAAACGCAGCAAAUCGCCGAAAUCACACUCAUCGUCGCACAAGGAUAAAGAGAGAGACAGAGAUCGUCACAGGAGAGACGACCGUGAAAGAGAAAGGGAGAGAGAGAGAGAAAGAGACCGGGAUCGGAGAAGAGAACGUGAUAGAGCUAGGCAUUGAACUAUUCAAAUACGAGAAAUCUGACUUUUUAUCAAGCAUUGUUUACAUGGAAUACAAAAAUUGGAUAAAUCGAGAGACGAAGUAUAACUGAUAAUAAACAAAUAACUUUGUCCACUCUUUCUUA